UGAUUCAGUGCUUUAAAUCAUAAAGAAAGGUGAUAUGAGUGUCCACAUACUUUUGGCCAUAUUGUUACUUUUACUUCCUUGUGGGCUGAGCUUCACUUGCCGUUACUAUGGGAAACUGAGGUUGCAGGGCAAAACGCAUGGAGCCGACAUUUGUAGAAUUGUUGGUACACUUUAACUCCGUUUAAUCACUCCAAAGAUAUGUUACUGUUUCAGUACAACCUUAGUUCACUUCAUAAAUUAUACACAUACCAUGAUUAAUCGAAAUUCUACGCUGGAUCUGCGUCGUUUUGGUUCAGUAAAGCCUGGCCUGGGGUGUGACCGUCGUGCGCGGAGCAGUUCUGGGCGUCAGGGUCUGAGGGAGCCGGACUCCCGGGAGACUCAUGACCGCCGACAGCUGCAGCUGAGCCGGCAGGGCUGCCCGGAAGAGCCCUGGAGACCAAUUGGGGCACCCAGACGUCCCUCACAUCUGGAGACCAAACCAGUGAUUCUGGACAAUAUGGGACAACAACACGAGGCGACUACGGAUGACCCAUCAAAGAGAGUCGACCAAUCCAUUAACAGCAACCCUCCAGAUUCCACAGGAGGAAGUAAGAGUUUGACGGUUUGUCGUACGCAGGCUGGAAAAAGAGCUGAUAUCGUUUCCCUGAGGAAACAUCUGGGCCACACCAGGCGUUUGACAUCAGCAAUUAAGAGAGGCCAGAGCUACUUCCACCUCCUGCAGAAAGAGGAGCAGAGGAGCAGGAAGGAGAAGCAGCGGAUGAGAAGGGAGGAGCAGCUGAGAACAGAGCCGCGACCUCCCACCUUCUCCUCUGACUCCGACAGCGAUUCAGAAGGGUGGCCUUUGCCUUCAGGAACCAGCUGGUCAGGUGCGAAUGAAGCAGGGCCGUGCAGGAAGAAGAGCCAGUCAGCGCGACCUUUCACCCCUGUCCAUCACUCUCUCACCUCUCCUCUGCUGAGUGAAGCACCGAGGAAGGUCAUCUACCGCCAGCUCUGCUGUCUGAAUUGGCUGCUGGAGGCCUUGACUCUGGAUCACUCCGGCAGAGUCGGCCCGCUCACUGCCUGCUGGGACCCAAAAGACCCUGGUCGAGGCAGGACCACGAUUAAGACACUGAAAAAAGAAAGAGCCGUUGAGAACAAAUGGGAGCAGUUUGUUUCAGCCAAGCCUCAGAGAUCUCAUUCCAGGCGCCCUCGCAGCUCCUCUGCUCGCCUCCACACCCACAGGAAGUCUUCCUUCAUGAGUGUGUCUUCCCUCUCGGCCCUCACCUCCACCACUGUGGGCAGCAGUAGUGUGUCCUCUCUGGUGCCGGGUGCUGAGGAGGACACGGAGUCUCCAGGAGCAGCACAGGAGACACACCGGCCUCCCUCAGAGUGCUUUCGCACACUGUCAGAUGUCCACUGGAAAGUCAAGAAAGGAAGCCAAAGCUCAACCAGCAGCUGUCCCGCCAUCAGCCAUCUCAUCAACGACAAAGCCACCAAGCUACAGCAGCUAAAAACUGCCUUUGAGGAAAGGGUGGAGGAGAUAUCUCAGAGCUACGCCGACGUCCUGGAGCUCAAAGCCAGGGAGAGGUUAAACAGCGGCCUCCGGAGGUAUCGAGCCCUGUGUCACGUGACCGAAUCCCAUGGCCUUCCUCAUCAUGUGACCGCCGUGUCCCAAGACACAGAGGCUCCAAAUGGCAACAAUAUAAACAAGCACAGCAACAACAUGUGGCUGUCCUCUCUGCUGAGCAGCCUGCCUAAGGAGGUGUGCAGGGAGCAAGCGGUGAGCCGGGUGCUGGAGAAGCUGAGUUGUUUCGCAGAGCAGCAGAGCCUCAGGGUUCGACCUCAGGUCUUCCUGAGGGUGCUGGGGGGUCUGGAGCCAUGGGAGCUCUGUCUGCCUGAGCUGUGUGUGGCCAUCCAGAUUGCCACAGAGCAUGUGGUCCAGAUGCCCAGGGAGGAGUACGACGCCUGGCUGUGUUCAAGGGUCGCUCUGCCCCCACAGAACCACAGUGCCCCUCAAACACCAGAUGACUCACACUCAUAAAGACCCGGAGCAAGGCUACAGGCAUGGACAAAACAUAGAUAA